AUGGCGUGUGUUUGGCAACGACAGGUUACCGUUAACUUAGAUGUCAGUGAGAUUUUUCCAUGGAGGGAGAGAAGGAGGGGAAGAGAGAGAUGGAGAAGAGAAGUAGUUAGAAGGGCAGAGAGGGAGGAGAGGAAGAGAGAGAUGGAGAAAGGAAACAGAAUGGAAGGAAACAGAAGGGCAGAGAGGGAGGAGAGGAAGAGAGAGAUGGAGAAGAGAAAAAAGGAAGGAAGAGAAAAAGAAAUGAAGAAAGAAAAUAGAGGGCAGGUGGGGAAAAGAGGAAAUGAAAAGGAAGAGAAAAUGAUGUGA